AGUAAAAACGACAUACAACCUGAAGACAUUUGAAUGACAGAAAUGAUGCAUUCUGCUGUUAAGACCUUUAAAUGAAAGAAAAAAAAAAGAACUUUUUAUGAAAAGAAGAAGGAAAAGAAAGGAAGAGAAAAAUGAAUUUUGUAUCAUUCAAUCCUAAAACAAACGAUGAAAAAGAGAUAAUGAAACACUUACCAGGCAAUUUGUGUGGAAGGCGUCCAAAUAAGCAUCGUCCAAAGGCGAAUGCGCGACCCUACUGCUUGCAUCCAAAAACCCAUCAACAAUGCUGCUCACGUUCUCACGUCCAAUCUCUUGUAUCAAUUUCUUUUCAUCUGCUUCAUCACCGGCAUAUGGAUCGUCUGCUUCCUCAGAGUACUUAACAUUGCUUCUGUCCACAACCAUCCCCCUCUCUCCUCUCCCCCGUCCCCUCCCUCUUCCCCUUCCCCUUCCCCUUCCUCUACCCCCUUCUGCUCUUGCUCUCACCAUCCCACCAGCAUCCUCGCCAUCACCUCCACGCGAAAGGAUUCCCAUUGCCUUCUUCACAGCUUCUUCCUGGCUCAACUUAGGCUGAGCUGGGGAUGGGUCUGCGGCAGGUGCAGACCUGGAAGGCUGCUGCCGGACCCGAAUAUGACGGUUUUCUUCCUUGACUUGCACUGCAGGAUCAGGUUGCUUCAAAGGUUUCCAUCGUCCAGCUCCGCGUAAAACUGAGCGUAUGCUAGAGAGGGGAGAUUAGUUUCACUCGACUGAGAGGGUUUCCGCUUCGCCUCUGAUUCAAUGGCCGAAUCAAAACCAUCGACAUCCUUUUUCGGGAUGAAAAUAGGUUGCUUGGAUUGCCCAAGUAGUGACGACUCAUCAGCAGCAGAUGAUUCGCUAGCGACCCGGCCACGACCAGAACCAAUUUGAGACUGCCUGACGUGGGAAACAAAGGAAGAAAAAGAUCGAAGAACUGGGUCAGACGGCCUACCACGGCCGUGACCAAGUCCAACUUGGGUUGGCUGCAGCGAGCCUUGCCCUGACUAAUCCGAUUCGGGUCGAGAAAAAUCAAACUGGGGAGGAGCAGGGGGAGAGCCGCCACCUCGGCCGCGUCCACCGCCGGAAGUGGAGAAGGGGGAUGAUGAUUGGAGUAGAAAAGGGGUUUGGGUCAGCGAUCCAUUCAGCUAUUACUGGAAAAUUGCAAGGAUCUUCCUAGGGUCCGCCCAAUUGGAACCGGUAAGAAAACAAAAAACCAAAC